CAUAAAAGGGCAGCGGGGCGGAGAGACUGGCUGCCCCGCCUCUGUCUCUCAGUUCGCUGGUUAUUUUCUCGCCUCGCAGCAGAGACGUGAACCUCCACACACACUCACCACCAAAGGUCGUCUUUGCUCACCACCACCCCAGCUCAGGUUGUGUCCACAUCAUGGCCAUGUCGGGGGAUAUUACGGAUCAGAUACAAAACGAUCUAUUAAACUGCAAGAUCUGCCUCAGUAGGUUCAUACAGCCCAAGAUGCUGCCUUGUGCCCACACCUACUGCCAGGGGUGCCUGGAGAAGAUGGUUAGGUCAGACCGGAAGCUGCAGUGCCCGGAGUGCAGGGAAGUGUUUGACGUGAGAGGUGGCGUCAGCAAACUCAAGACCAACUUUCACAUUAACAGUCUGAUGGAUAUCAUCAAGAGCAAGGAGAAUGAGAAGGUGGUCUGCAGUUGGUGCGCGACAGCUGGUCGCCGUGAGACUCCCGCCGUGGCUCGGUGUAAAACCUGCCUCAAGUGCCUCUGCCCGCCUUGCAAACUCACCCACGGGACUGCCAACCCACGCCACGUGCUGGAGGUUCUGCCCGGUCACAUCGCCGGCCCUUGCGAGGUAGAGACAAGGAUGCAGAAGAUGAUCUACUGCCAGAGCCACCCAGGAACCCUGGUGGACCAUCUCUGCAACACCUGCAACAGCGUGAUCUGCAGCAGUUGUUCCUCGCACGCCCACGCCAAGCACUCGAAGGUGUCCCUGGCCAAGGCAGGGGCCACAGCUAGACCCACGGUGAUGAAUCUCAUGGAGAGACUGAAGACUGAAACGUAGUCGCUGGUCCAACAGGAAGACGACAUCAUCCAGGCAAUGGAGGGGAUGAAGGCGACGGAAAGAUCUCUGAUGUCUAUGAUGGAGUGCAC